UUACGUCAAAGUGCGCGCAUUUCUAGGUUAUGUUUACGUGAUGAUGCGUCAAAUUCGUACCAUAUAACAAAUUAUACCGGUGUUUAGACAAAUUUUGGGAUGGAUGAGAAUUCACCUGAAGCCCUAAAAGAACUAGGAAAUGCAGCUGUAAAAAAUCAAAAGUAUGAAGAGGCAGUUUUGUAUUACACUCAAGCUAUUAAAUCGGACCUUAGCAAUUACACCCUAUAUAGUAAUCGCUCGUUUGCUUUUUUAAAAGUGCACCAGUAUUAUUUCGCCAUGGAAGAUGCCAAAGAAACCAUAAAACUGAACCCGAUGUGGCCCAAGGGCUAUUUUCGUAAAGCUGAGAUAGAAUAUACAACUAAGCAUUACUUGUCUGCUUGUGAAUCGUACCAAAAAGCGCUUCAACUGAAACCCGACGAUGUAAAUCUAAUUGACGCUUUAAAUAGGACAAAGAGGGAGAUUUUGAAGGAGCGCAAAGCCGAUGAGGUGAUUCCAUGGUUGGGGGCAGGGAUUGGGAUUGUCGUGGGUGUGAUUAUUGUAAUAGCGGAUUGUAUUUUCACCCAUAAACCCACCCACCCCCUUCUAAUGGCUUUCGUUACCAUCGUCAUAGCGAUGGUAGGGUACGGAAUCGCCAAAACCUACCGGUAUUACGUGAGGUGCCAAAGAGACGGUUUAUUAGACCCACCUCUAGACUUGAUGAACGAAGACGAGACUGAAAGUGAGAACUCUUCAGAAAAGGAAGCCAAAACUCACACACCGAGAUACACAAAGUCGCAAGCCCGUCAAAGAUAUAAAAAAGGGAAGUUAUAGAUCUUACUGUGUGUUCUGUUGUGGAUUUGCGUAAUUCACAUUCCAUUUGAUAAACCCCAGUCUGACUUACAUGUUGGAUGAAUUUGCAAUAAUUUGUUAUAAGCAUAAUGACUAUUGUGUGAUGUUGUUGAUAAAAUUUCUCAAAACGA